AGGUGAAACCAUUGAACCAACUGAUAUAAAAGCUGAGGAGCAAGAACUCCCAAGCAACUCUCACGACCGACCAGAAGCUUCUAGUCGUUCCAAAGAUUUGGUGACUCGAGAUGGCGCCCCUGUCUCUGUUAGUCCUGCUGGUCGUUUGGGUCGCUGAAGGUCAGACAGAGUAUGUCUGCUACGGUGAGCUGGGACAUUACCUGUACCAGUUCUCUGGUGACAAGGUGAAAGUGGAGUUUCCUUGCAAAUUCAACGCCAUCCGCAACCAGGUGUGCGGCGACUACCAGAUAACCUUCACACCAGGUAAUGCCUGGAAUGGUGUCCGGUAUCUGACCUACUCCGCCUGGCUGGGGGUGACUCGACUGUCGGACGACAAGGCCUGGUACGGGCGUACGACCAUCAAGAUUGCAGGCCAGUACGUGAAGGAGAUGCAAUGUCAAGGUAGCACCAAUCGUCAGCCAUAUAACAAAAAGGGAGGCGACCUUGAGCUGGCAGAUAUUUUCGAUGUCAGCAUCGCCAGUGACGGCCUGUCUGUCAUCGUCACCGAGAAGAACAACGUCUUUUCCUUGGAGUUCGGCCUGUACGAGGUGUCCGGCGACAGACAGUCGUCAUCUGACUGGAAGUUCAUCUGUAACGCCGCUAAUGUCAAGCUUGUUCCUUAUCCGCAACAACUUUGUGGUAACGGUACCAACAACUAUGUCCGAAAAAGAACGGAUAAAAUGAGCAUCAUUAAAGACGAAGAGGCCGCUGUCAUCUACGACGUUUUCACCAAUCCGACUAUAACCCAGUACGACACCAUCAACCCGUUGUGUGAGGAGGCCCAGGGCUACAUCAUCAACAGCUGUGUCAACGACACGGCGCGAGAGGAGGCGGUAGCGCUCUGCUGGCGGACCGUGGGCAGUGCCGGACACAGACAGUGUCUCUCUAAGUACACUUACGACCCUAUGCAAGUCUUUACGAAAUGCGUGGACUGGGCUUGCAGCGGAUUUCCCUCACCAGCUAAGGACAUCAAGAAGAACUGUAACGCCCUCGCCGAAGCUGUUGAUGACUGCCGUGAGUUCCCGGGGCUGAAGACCAAGAUCGACAAGGCCCACUGCUACUCUGGUCUCCGCUGGGUGUUGGAUGGAGAAGAGGAGGGUUGUCCUCAGUAAAACUGACUUUUCCUUGCGACCCCGCUGAGUCCUCAUCCACAACAAUACUUAAAACACUAGCCUUUACAAGAUUAAAAACUUCCUGCUAAACAUUAACAGCACAGAUCUUUUCUUUAUCUCCUCUGUCAUCUGAAAGUAAAUUGAAUAAAUAACCCAGAUCAUUGCAAUAAA